AAUGAUUGCUUAACUGUGGUCAUAUAUUACACUGAGAGUGAAUCGUAUAUAAACCCCAGAAGAGAGAGCCAGCAUUGCAGAUACAAGCAUGAUGAAGUUUGUGGUCCUGGCUGUUUUAUUUGUUGGAGCCUACGGAUGUGGGCUUCCCACCUACCCUCCUAUUGUAUCGAGGGUUGUGGGGGGUGUGGAUGUCCGUCCAAACAGCUGGCCCUGGCAGAUCUCCCUCCAGUAUCAAAGUGGCGGCAGCUGGUACCACACUUGCGGUGGAAGCCUUAUUUCCAAUCAGUGGGUUCUGACUGCUGCUCACUGCAUCAGCAGUAGCAGAACUUACAGGGUGUAUCUGGGAAAACAUAACCUGAAAGAGGAGGAGAGUGGAUCUGUGGCCAUCGCCGCUGGAAAGAUCAUUGUCCACGAGGGCUGGAAUUCCUUCACUAUCCGUAAUGACAUCGCCCUGAUCAAACUGGAGAGUGCUGUCACUCCAAGUAACACUAUCACUCCUUCAUGUCUUCCUGCUGAUGGGCACGUUCUGCCCCACAAUGCUCCCUGCUAUGUCACUGGUUGGGGACGUCUCUACACCAAUGGACCCCUUGCUGAUAUCCUGCAGCAGGCUCUCCUGCCUGUGGUGGAUUACGCCACCUGCUCUAAGUCUGACUGGUGGGGCUCUCAGGUCACACAAAACAUGGUCUGCGCUGGUGGAGAUGGUGUUGUUGCUGGAUGUAAUGGGGACUCUGGUGGCCCUCUGAACUGUGCUGGUAGCGACGGCGCUUGGGAGGUCCACGGUAUUGUGAGCUUUGGUUCAGGACUGAGCUGCAAUUAUAACAAGAAGCCCACCGUUUUUACUCGUGUGAGCGCCUACUCUGACUGGAUCAGCAAGAACAUGGCCAGCUACUAGAGCAAACAGAAAAUGGGUUUAGUAUCAUCGAUGCCUUGAAUAAUAAAAAUAUUAAACCGCAA